UUUCUCCUCAUCUAUCUUAUAACUCUGACUGGGAACCUUCUCAUCCUUCUCCUGAUCUUCACUGAUUCCCAUCUUCACACCCCCAUGUACUUCUUCCUUGGAACCCUGGCAUGUCUGGAUAUGGGCUACUCCUCAGUCACUGUCCCAAGAAUGCUCUUUGAUUUACUCACAGGUAGAAGGGUCAUUUCUGUACCAGCUUGUAUAACUCAGAUCUACUUUUUCCUCUUUUUUGCUGUUUCAGAGAUGUCUGUGCUGGCAGUGAUGUCCUAUGACAGAUUCGUUGCCAUCUGCCGCCCUCUUCACUACAUGCAGAUAAUGAGCUGGAAUGUUUGUGUUCAGUUUGUAUUAGGAGUACUGAUUUUUGGUGCGGUACAUUCCUUGGUGCACACACUUAAUUUAACUAAACUGACCUUUUGCAGAGCAGAUGCUUUGCAAAGUUUCUUUUGUGACCUGCCCCAGUUGCUUCAGGUCUCCUGUAGUGACACAUUCAUCAAUGUAUUGCUUAUAUUUGUCUUUGGGACAUCGUUUGGAGUUGCUAUUUUACUGGUCACCAUUUACCCAUACAUCACUAUAAUCACCACUGUUCUAAAAAUCCCAUCAAAAAACAUGAGAUCCAAAGCUUUCUCCACCUGCUCCUCCCAUCUAACUGUGGUCUUUUUAUUCUAUAUUACUUUUAUGUUCAAUCACUUCCGCCCAAAUGCAAAGUAUCAUUUCACAGAGGACAAAGUGGCUUCUGUAUUUUAUGCUACAUUAAUCCCAUUUUUAAAUCCUCUGAUUUACAGUCUGAGGAACCAGGAACUCAAAACCUCAUUAAAAAGGUCUUUACAUAGACUGUAA